AUGUCCACACCUCCUCCAAACAGGAGGCAACAUUGCCCGCAGACUUUCUCACCCAUCCAAGACUCAAGUGUGCGAGGAGAGAGGGUGAGGGUGAGGAGGGGGACGUACGGGAAAGACACGCUUCGUCACUUUUGGAUGGGAUGGACGCAGCAUCAGUCAGUGCAGAUUGAGCCUGUACCCCCCCCCCCCCCCUCCCCCCCCUCCCGGCUCAGCUCAGUCUCUCCCUCAGUCUGCAGCCCGAACGAGAACAGCCGCUGCAUCAUUUUUCAGCAGCAGCAGCAGCAGCAGCAGCAGCAGCAGCAGCAGCAGCAGCAGCAGCAGUAG